AUGCUACUCCACUUCCGACCGUGCAUGCUGCGUCCUACCAACGUCCGUGAGUCUGUGAUCAUCGGAGCCAUGUUGGCAGUCAAGAAGGAGGGGCUGAAGCUCAGCACGCUCAAGGCGGAGGACCAGGAGGCCCCAGCCAUUUCCGAGAGCUUCGAAGCAGACGCAGAGGGAGCAGCGCCGCAUGCAGCCAUCCCCGCAUCCACGCUCGUGCCCUUCCCGCUGCUGCUGAGCGCGGAGGCGUACACCCCCUGGACCAUCCCCUUCCGCAGCGCCAAGGACCCCCCCGGCCAGCUCACCGACACCGAGAUCACGUGGAUUGACGUCUUCCGCCGCAGCAUCGAGCCCUUCGGGAAACGAGCUGCUGGCGACGAGUCUGUGGAGAACGCUGCAGAGAAGGCGAAAGUCUUCGAAGAGAAAUACGCAGCGAUCCUCGAUGACUUUGCCAAGGAUCCAAGCAGCCAUGGUGGCCCUCCCAACCCAGUUAAUUUGUGCCGUCUGAGGGAAGUCUGCUUGACAGAGGCCGGUUUCAAAGACAUCUUCAAGAAGACCAAGGCGGAGGAGAACGAGAAGGCGCUGGCCAUGCUGCCGGCAACGCUGAAGAGAAUUGAUGCGGUGGAGGACUUGAAGGAGCGGAUAGAGCUGCUGGUCAAGGGCGUGCUGGCUGGGAACAUCUUUGAUCUGGGAGCCAACAACUCCGCAGCACUGGUGGAGGGCGAGGGGCUGUCGUUUGAGAAGAGCUUUCAGCAGCUGCUGCCACGCCCGUGGGUGUUUGACCACGUGGCUGAGUUUCAGAAGGCGUGGCUCGACCGCACGUGGAAGAAGGUGGUCGUGUUUUGCGACAACUCCGGGGCAGACCUGGUGUUGGGGGUGCUGCCGCUGGUGAGGGAGCUGGUGAGGCAAGGCGCACAGGUGGUGGUGGCGGCUAACGACAUGCCCUCCAUUAAUGACGUCACUUACAAUGAGCUCCUUUCGCUUGUGCAAAAGGUGCAAGUGACAUUAGAGGACGAGACUAUAAGCGCAGGCAUUGACAGUGGGCGUAUUCUUAUUGUCAACUCAGGCAGCGACGUUCCCGUUGCUGACCUGGCACACAUAUCCCCUGAGCUGGCAUUUGCUGCUGAAGACGCUGAGCUGGUCAUUAUGGAGGGCAUGGGCCGUGCCAUAGAGACCAAUCUGCAUGCGCUCAUGACAUGUGAUAAGCUCAACAUCGGCAUGGUGAAGCACAAGGAGGUGGCUGAUUUCCUAGGCGGUCGCAUCUACGACUGUGUGGUCAAAUACACCCCAGGGGACUAUGUCCCCACACCCUCCCGGGCUCCCAAGGUUGGACUUCUGGUCACUCCUAAUAUUUUACGGUACUACAUUAUGAACUGA